GACACCAGCUUGGAUUGUAUUAAUUGGUAUCGAUAGAGCGAAUUAGAGAUCCCGCCAUGAAAUUCCUAUUAUUGGUUGCCCUGUUUGUGGUUGCUGCUUCGGCCACGGAGAACAAUGAUCCCAUUUCUCUGGAAUCCAAUGUGGAGUACAAUGGCAAAUACCAUUAUCAUUAUGAGCUUAAGGAUGGCUCUAAGGCCACACAGGAUGGAGUUCUGAAGUCCGUGAAUGCCGAGCACAAUGGUGAGGCGGUCAAUGGCAAGUACUCCUUCGUUGGUGACGAUGGCAAGACCUAUGUGGUGUCCUACACUGCUGAUGAGAAUGGAUUCCAAGCAGUCGGUGAUCAUUUGCCCACACCACCACCCACCCCUGAGUCCGUGCUGAAGGCUCUAGAAUACAUCCGGCUGCAUCCCUACAAGACGCCCGAGAAGAAGAACUAAACAUCCCGCAAGAACUAAGCCAGAAUGUGAUUGAAAACAAAAGAACUGAGACAAAUUAAAAAGAUAUUUACAAAAAACGAGAAUAACAAAG